UUAGAUAAAAAAAAAACCUUUAAAACGGAUCAGCUAUUAAUUUUGGACCGUUGCCUGAAGAUGACGACGGUCGGCGGCGAAUCUUCCAUUUCACGCUGCUGUUUUGCCACCCAAUCAUCAUCUUCUCCCCUCAACAACUUCAAAUUUCCCGCCAAAUCUUCUCCGUCAACUGUCCAAUUUGGCGCCAAAGCUUCUCCAUUUCUCACUCCUACUUUUGCACUUCCACCCAUUUCAGAUGAAUGUAGCAAUGUCAACUCGCGUGGUAGAAGAGGACUCAUUUUCCUUUCUGCCACUCUUCCUUUUCUUUUUCCUUUGCGAGAUUUUGUCGAUGAUCUCAUUGUUGAAGCAGAAGAGCUGGGAGCUCCUGAUUACCUACUUAUAAAGGAUGAGAUAAGGAAGGUUUUGACAAAAGGAAAGGCAGCUGGUGUACUUCGUCUUGUGUUUCAUGAUGCAGGAACUUUUGAGCUCAGUGAGAACUCAGGAGGUAUGAAUGGCUCCAUAACAUAUGAACUCGAGAGGCCUGAGAAUAAAGGGCUCAAAAAAUCUCUCAAGAUUGUUGAAAAAGCGAAAAAUGUGGUGGAUGAAAGACUGUCAGUGUCAUGGGCAGACAUGAUAGCUGUAGCAGGAGCUGAGGCAGUCUCGAUUUGUGGAGGUCCAGAGAUCCCUCUUCGGUUGGGGAGACUUGAUUUGCCGAAUCCUGAUCCUGAAGGGAAACUACCUGAAGAAUCACUGGAUGCGCUAAGGUUGAAGCAGUGCUUUCAAAGAAAAGGCUUUUCGACACAAGAACUUGUUGCACUUUCUGGGGCUCAUACUCUUGGAAGUAAAGGUUUUGGAAGCCCUGUUGUAUUUGACAAUUCAUAUUACAAAAUACUCCUUGAGAAAUCUUGGAUGUCAUCAGGUCAGCCAGCUGGAAUGUCAAGUAUGGUUGGACUUCCUUCUGAUCGUGCACUAGUCGAGGAUGAUGAAUGUUUAAGAUGGAUUACAGAUUACGCGAACGACCAGGAUAAGUUUUUUGAGGAUUUUAAGAAUGUUUACAUCAAGUUAGUCAAUUCAGGUGCAAGGUGGAAAGCUUUAUGAGAAAUAUAUGCACCACCUGCAACUUCUAUGAGAAAAUAUGGUGGCAUAUCAAACCAUGAAAAGGAUUUUGCACUAUUACUGCUACUAAGGAUCAUGGAAGAUUUAGAUAUUUUGGGGGCGAAGAAUAGAAGUUCAGAUAUAUUUUGGUAUUUUGUUAGUAUACAUUUUAAUUUGUACUAUUAUCAAGUAGAAUGAGCUGGGGACCAAUAUUGUAUUAAUCAUUUAGAAAAUUUCCUAGGAUAGAUGUUUGUAACUAGCUUAUUACCCUGGAUUAUACGGUAUUGCCUGAAAAUGACAUUACUAAUGAUGAACCAGCAAUUGUUCUA